AAUAUUGGUUCACCAGAUAGUAAAACAUCAGAUAAUGAGAUAUACAAUUUUUUACCUCUUUCUCAGCCUGAAAAUCUUCAGUUUCUUGUCAAGCAGCUACUCAAAGAUUUUUAUAAUGCAAAAUUCUCUUUGUUUUAUUCUGGUAAAGAUUUGUUAUUCUUUUCAGAUGAUUACAAUAAAAAUGAUAACAUUAGAA